AGUGUAAAAAUUUUGUCUACUGCUAUUUUCCAACGGAAUUGGUGAAAAUUUUAUUGAUUUUUUUAGGAAAAAAUAACAACAAAUAAAGCAGUAGCCAUGUCUGACGUUGCCGAUUUAAUGAAAAUGCCCGAAGAGAGCAUUGAUAUGAUUGCUGCAACAUCUGUGUUGCAGCAACAGGCCGCUGAUAUCCGUACCAAAACCAUUAACUGGGCAUCGUACAUGCAAUCCCAAAUGAUUUCCCAAGAAGAUUAUCAAUGCAUUAGUGCUUUGGAUAACUCAAAGGCUGCCUACUUGCAAUCGAAUCCAGCCCAAGCUGUUAAGACUUUGUUGAAUCUGUUGUCUCAUGUCUCCAAAGAUUCGACUAUUCAAUAUAUCAUGGUCAUGAUUGACGAUCUGUUGCAAGAGGAUCGUUCUCGUGUUGAUAUUUUCCAUGAAUAUUGUGCCAAGCGCAAGGAAUGUGUUUGGGGCCCUUUCUUGAAUCUGUUGAAUCGUCAAGAUGGUUUCAUUGUGAAUAUGUCAUCUCGUAUCUUGGCCAAAUUGGCAUGCUGGGGUCAUGAAAUGAUGCCCAAAUCAGAUUUGAACUUCUAUUUGCAAUUCUUGAAGGAUCAAUUGACUGUACAGUGCAAAAAAUAUAUCAGUGAGAUGACUGCCCUAUCAAAAAGAAUCCAAACCAUUAUAAUACAUUCAGAUGGACAUGAUAAGGGACACACAAAUCACCUUGAUCUGGUUGAAUUUUUGAAAUAUCGUGAACAAGCUGCAGCGGCGGGCAAGACGUCCAACGAAUAUAUUCAAUCUGUGGCCCGUUGCCUGCAAAUGAUGUUGCGUAUUGAUGAAUAUCGUUUUGCUUUUGUUAGUGUUGAUGGUAUCAGCACUUUGGUGCGCAUUUUGUCAUCUCGUGUCAACUUCCAAGUACAAUAUCAAUUGGUCUUCUGUUUGUGGGUCUUGACCUUCAAUCCUUUGUUGGCCACAAAAAUGAACAAAUUCACGGUCAUCCCCAUUUUGGCUGAUAUCCUCAAUGAUUGUGCCAAGGAAAAGGUUACCCGCAUCAUUUUGGGUGUAUUCCGCAACUUGAUUGAAAAGCCAACCGAUGCCCAAGUUGCCAAGGAACAUUGCAUUGCCAUGGUACAAUGCAAAGUCUUGAAACAACUUUCCAUUUUGGAACAACGUCGUUUCGAUGACGAAGACAUCUCCGCUGAUGUUGAAUUCUUAACAGAAAAGUUGCAAAACUCUGUACAAGAUUUGUCCUCAUUCGAUGAAUAUGCCACAGAAUUGCGCAGUGCCCGCUUGGAAUGGUCGCCCGUACACAAAUCUGCCAAAUUCUGGCGUGAAAAUGCCCAACGUUUGAAUGAGAAGAACUACGAAUUGUUGCGCAUUUUGGUACAUCUUUUGGAAACCUCCAAGGAUCCCAUUAUUUUGUCUGUUGCCUGCUAUGAUAUUGGAGAAUAUGUUCGUCAUUAUCCCAGAGGAAAACACGUCUUGGAACAAUUGGGCGGCAAACAAAUUGUUAUGCAAUUGUUGGGUCAUGAAGAUCCCAAUGUACGUUAUGAAGCCUUGUUGGCCGUACAAAAAUUGAUGGUUCACAACUGGGAAUAUUUGGGCAAACAAUUGGAAAAAGACAAUGAAACCCAAAAACAAGGUUCAGCUGCCAUUAGCGGCAAAGCUUAAGUAUUAUAAUUCCCCAUUAAUAUA